AUGGCCUCCCCCCAUCAAACAGUCUUCUCCUUACCACCCACUGCACUAGCCUCUGAGUUACCUCUAAAGGCCACUGCCCAGGGCCUUGAGGCGAGCUGCCUCAAGCCAUUUGCUUCAGGCUUGGGCUCUCUGGAGCAAUUGCGGUGCCUCAUCAAGUGGCUGGAGGUGAGGAAGGUGUGUCCACUGUGCAACAUGCCGGUGCUGCAGCUGGCCCAGCAGGCGGGCAGUCCGGAGGGCGCCCUGCCCUCUCCACAGCCCCUGCCCGGGAUCGAGAAUCUGGUUUAG